CUCAUCACCGACGGACCUGCGACAAUCGGCGACAAAUUGGCCAGUCUUCAUAGUGAGAUGGCGUCGUUACGAUUGGAAUGCGAUCGAUUGAUCAAUAAACAUCUAAUGGUNGAAAAAACGCUCAGUGAGGGCUGUAUUUUGUGCCCAAAUCCGGACACAUCCAGUGCCUACAACACCGGUGGCGAAAGUUGUCGUUCAAAUUCAAUAACACCUGAUGGAACUGUAAAACCCUCACCACCACAACUGACAGCUUCCUAUCUAUUCCAUGAGUAUUUUAGAUAUUUCCGGAGUAUACAAACGAAGGACAAGUUGUAUAUAAUUGAGAAACCAGUAGAAGAAGCGAAUGAAAUUAGCGACGAUCAUGGAAUUGCUGCCGGGCCUUCGGAAAAAAAUCCGGAUCAGCCUUGUCAGACAAACGACACCAUCGUGUACAAGUGGAAGGUUAAGCGACGAUGUGACGGUUCACGUUAUGUCGUAAAACGUCCAGCUCGAAGUCAGAUUUUGAAGAAACGGGCAGCACAGCUUAUCCGAGAACGAACAGGCAUCAGCACUGAUGAUGACGCCAUGAGCGAGCUGAAACUCGGACACUUUCACACACGUGAGGAACGAAAAAAGCAUUUGGAAGAAGAACGAAGGAGAAAAAUUCGUAAUCAACAGAAACUCAUCGAGUCAAAGAUCUCACCUGCCGAUCAGAUGAUCGUACAACUUUCUCAACGAAAAAUGCAACGUCGUAAAGAGAAAAUGCUGUUGGAUGGUUUUGUGACCACACAAGAAGUACUGAGUCAACGAAAUCCGGAUACCACAGCCAAACAUGGAAUUCUCUCAGUUACCACCGUCUAG